UAUAAGUCUUCCCCUCAAACAGUACUUAUAAAAAGCCUAAAUAUGGGGUGUGGUUCUGAAUUAGUCAAGUUUAUACUAAUUUUAUUCAAUGUUUUGUGCAUGGCUUGUUCUGUUUAUAUACUUGUAUAUUGCUUUCCUAUAGUCAAGCAAAUCCAUGACUUAUCCACCAUGAAGGAGCACUUGGUCAUAAAUUUGGUUGCCAUUAUGCCUCUGGUUCUGGCUGGUCUUAUCUUCUUGAUGGCCUUGUUGGGUUGUUGCGGUGCUCUACGUGGAAGUCCCUGUCAGCUGCGAACCUUUUCUGUCAUCAUGCUUAUCCUGUUUCUUGCCACAGUGGGGUUGGUCAUCCUUGUGUGGACGGAUCAUGACAAAAUAACUCAUUAUAUUCAAGGCUUUAUAAAAGAGUCAUGGAAAACGCACAAGGGUCACAAUGCUUCCAGUGAAAUGUUCCAUAAGUUGGAGAAACAAUUCCACUGCUGUGGUCAGGAUGGUCCUAUCAGUUAUGGAAACGGAGGUGUACCCGCCUCCUGUUGUGGUCGCGAUACUGGAGAGUGUCAGAAGGAUAAUGCCUAUCCAGAAGGUUGUUUGAACAAAAUCCCCAAUCUGUGGGACUCACACGCGAAAACCAUCAAGUAUGGCACUCUAGCUGCAUCUGGUGUUACGCUAUUGACCAGCACCUUUGCCAGUUUUUUGGCUCACAAAAUGGUAAGGGAGGCGGAGUAUGAAUAUAGAUACGAUUAACUGAAGGAUCUGUAAAAUACUCGUUUCAAUAAUGUUUCGUAUGAGGUUAUGUGCUGUUAUUUAUAUAUUUAUUUAACGUCAACUGACACUAGUCGACAGAGAGAUAAUUAAUUAAUUAACGUUUUUAUUCAUCUAUAAAAUAAAAAUUAAAUUAAAUAAAUUUUAUUUCACAACUAAAAAUAUACAAAUAAAAGUCUUUAUUAUAAAUUAUAAUAAAGGCACACUUAGUACACUUUAA